CAGAUUACACAAAUGAGAAAUGACCAUCAGGCUAUCGGAGGACUUCGGUGCUGCUCCUGCUCUCGAGCGGGGUUUUGCGGCAUCUGCGCGACGUGGAUAUACACAUACACACACACACACACAGACAUACACACGCACGUGCACCAGCAUCGUCGAGCGUCGGGGUCGGCGUCGGCGACGCCGAGAGCUUCCGGGCGCGAGCUUUUUAGAUACGCCGCCGAUAACGCCGGUAUCUCGCGGUAGCACCUCCCGUCGCGGUGCGUAUAAUUUAUUUUCCCCCGAUAAGCUCGGCUACGGCGCGACGCGAUGCGACGCGCCGCGUCGCGGUAUCGCGUAAGGUUCGCGUCGAACCUCAGGAGCCGCGACCCUCGACGAGUCGAGGACGCGAGGAGAGAUACUUGCAGCGGCCAGGUUUCGGCCGCGCAAAAUCGGGUUUUCACGACGCCCGUCACGCGUGCACUUCCUAUGAUCGCCGUCAGGAGAACUCGACUUCACGUGGUUUGGCGAUUAAUUUGUCUUCAUGACACUACAUACGUUAUUUCAUGUACGAUACCUGUCAUAUAUUAUCAUAACACGUUUCUUUACAUAUAUUAUCUUAUAAUACAUGCGAUUUUUAUGGAAUGCCAUUGCAAUCAAUGUCAAUAUUGACACCGCGAUGAAACGUUAUUGGAGAUAACAUAAUCCACGUUAGAUCGUGUCAGAAUGAGCUCUGUGUCUCACUUUACUCGCUCAUACUUGUCGAAUCAUGCGAUAAAGUUGUCUACGGUCUUCCAACGAAGAACAAUUAAAAUUCAAGAUUGGUCGACCGCGUCCAACACUGUCACGCAUCGCUGCGUGAACGUAGAACGCAGGUCUGAAUCGUUCUGGAUCGGAGGUGGUCGCCGUCUUUCAGGAUCCUACAAAAUCGGUGCUGGUCAUGCGAUGCUGAAGGGUUUUCGAGCGCGCCCAGCGCUCGGUAUCCGUCCAUCUUCUCGGACAGAUGAGAGAGGGCGGCCGAUAAAGGACGGUGGAGGAGGAGGGAGAGGGACAAGGCUAUCUCUCGCGUCGUCUAGACUCGAAGAGCCGUUCCUGGAUUUUCUCCCCCGGGACCCCUGCGUUCCCGAAGAGAGACAGAGAGCAAGAGAGAGAGAGAGAGAGAGAGAGAGAGAGAGAGAGAGAGAGAAGGAGGCAAGAGGUCGAGAGGGAAAGGAAGAAGGAGAGAGAGAGUGAAUCUUGCGAGACAGUGAGACCACUGUUGGAUCUGUUUCCCUCCUUCUCACUUCCCCCGCAUUGCCGGGAGGAUCUUAACGAAUAAGAUAACACGGCGCCAGGGAGCUCUCCUCUCCUGUUUCUCGCUCUCUCUUUCUCUCUCUCUCUCUCUCUCUCUCUCUCUCACUUGUUCGCUGUGUGUCUCCUCUUCUUUUCCUCUAUUAGGUACUCGAAGAGGCCAACGGUCACCGACACUACAGCGAUGAUCCAUCCUGGCCGUCCUCUCGACAUCUCUCCUCGCGAUUACGCGGAAUCUCUCUUUCCCCGCUUGUCCCCGCCCGCCCUGCAAACGUUCCCCUCCGCGCUUUUUCAUGCCUCUUCCCGGCAGAUCGCGUACCGACGAUCCCGUUUAUCCGCCGACGAUCGAUCGACGAGUCCGGUCGCCUUUAUGAGAAAGUCGGGGCUCCGCGAGGCGAAGUGUCUAAAUUGGUCUUCCGUCGUUGUGAGGAUGAUAGAUGGAACAAUUUGUAAUUCCGGCCUGAGUCUCUCCGGCCGCGCUCUCGAGUCUCGGUCGCGAGACGCGAUCGGAUGUUAGAUCGGAGGGAAAGGGUUCGAUUUUUCUGAUAAAAUUUCAUUCCGCGAGAAUCCCUCGAUCUAAUUACAGGAUUGCAAAUUGAAUUACGGAGAAGGUUGGAAUCGGAGAGAUUCUCUCUCCAUUGGUACAUAAUUGUAGAAGGACAAUCUUCAGUGUCUGUGCUGAUCAGAGAUUGAAGUUGAAACGGAAGAUCGAUUUGGAGACGCGUUAUCGGAUUAAUCAAAGGUGAAAAGGGGGAGGCUUGAAUUAAAUAUUUUUCUUGAUUUAAGUUCCGAUAAAUUUGCAUCUGAUUCUAGGAAGAUGAAUCUUAAUUCAAAUAUGAUUGGAAAAAAAUUUUAAAGAAUCUGUGCGGUCAGAAAUUUAUAGAUUUUCAGAGGGGAGGAAAAUGUAAAUCUCUUUCUUCGGGACUGAAAGAAAAAUUUAAUUUCUGGGAAAAUUAAUCUAAAUUCAUAAACGUGAUCAAAAAAGUAAAUUCCAAGAACGUGCAGUGUUAGAAACUCGUUACUUUUCAAAGUUACUAGAGCUGAAGGGAAAGAUUUAAAUUCGAGACUGAAUGAAAAGUAGAAUUUUUGUAGGAAGAUGAAUUUCAAUUUCAAUAUGAUUGGAAAAAAGAAAUUCAACGAUGGCGUGGAACGAUGGAGUGAGAGACUCGUUGCUCUUUAGAGGAAUCAUGGUCCAAGGAGAAAACUUCAAUUUGAGGCUGCGUGAAAAAUCGAAUUUCUAGAAAAAUGGAUUUUAAUUUAGGUGUCGAUAGGAAAAGAAAUUUGAAAGAACGCGUCGAGUCAGAGACUCGUUGCUUUUCGGAGCUAUCCGUGUCGUGAAUGGGGAAAUUCAAAUUUCGAGACUGUAUAAAAGAUUGAACGAGACGCUUCCUCUUCCUCUCCUCUUCCUUCCCGUCUCCCUCAAGUCCCCUCGUCCUCCGCUCGCAGACUGACAUUGGUUGUUCUCGCUCGUCGCGGCUAUAUCAGACUCGUUUAUCCGGCGGCGAGCGACGCCGAUUACGCGGAAUCCCCCGAAGACGCGAGCGAGGAGAACGAUCCCGUUGAUAUGCGGGGGGAUCAAUAACCCUAAGUGCGAACGGUUUCAAUUAGGGUUCGUCGUCGCGCGCGCGCCACCAAAGUGAACGUCGCGACGGUGUUUCGGUCGCACGGCAUCUCGAUCGCCACUUUUUCGCAAUCGCAACGAUCCCCGCUCGCGAUCUCGCUCGUAGAAGACGGCAAUUAUCGGUCGCCCUUGUCGUAGAUCGCGACUCUGCUUUUUCAUCGCGUCGGUGAUUAUCCGGUCAGCUUCGUUCGCGUAAUAUCAGGUUGCAAGAGUUCUGUCGUGUUUGUCAAAGGAGACAGGAGACGAAAUUAUUUUUAUCUCACAAUUCGCAAUCAACAAUCAACUAUGAGUUCAUUUGGCGAUUAAAAGUUUCUACAACAUUAUCAAUCCUUCGAAAUCCAAUUUCGAGGGAUGAAUAAUUGUCACGGACGAGAUGAUUACCGACUCGGUAUUUCUUCAGACAUCUGACGGAGACGCGCGUUAUCUGCCUUUCCUCUAACACCCAAACUUUCUACGGGAAUUUCGCAGAAAAAUGGCGAUUCUUCUGCAGAGAUCAGAUAAGAGGAGAUCAUCGGUGACGAGUCAAAGUCUCGCGCGCGAGAUGCUUCUUGGCGCGAUACCCCCGAAUUCGACCGAUUUCUUCGGCGCGGUUAAUUUUUCACAUUGAAUCGACCGCUCGAGUCUCCCGCGUCAGUCCUUUCUCCACCUCGGGAUGAAACAACAACGAGCGACCGGACUUUCUGGUCUCUUUGCGAGCCGUCGCCGCGCAAAAACUUGUUUUGCGCGAAUCCCGAUGUUAAUCUGCGUAUUAAUAUGCGCGCAACACUGAUAUCGAAUAACGGUUAGAUCCGCGAUAGGCGGCUGAGAAAAUACAAGUUCAACUGGUUCUCUCUCUUUCUCUCUUUCUCUCUUCGUCCCUCCCUCCCCUUUGUCGCUUUCUCGCUCUUCUCGACGAAUAUCGCGUAAGCCCGACGCGAAUAAUUUAUUAGCGGGUAAUUACCGAUUGCGGCGUUGAUAACGGCGCGGAGCGUUUCGCAACGGUUCCUCGAGGCGUGACGCAACCGACCGACAGCCGAAUAACGUUGCAAACGAAUCGCUCACCCAGCGCGACUACGGCAGGCGCGCGGUGGCGGGCUUGCGAAACCGUCGCGAAAAAUUUAACGUCAAAGUACGCACACGCGGCUGAAGUAUCCGUUCGCGCCAGCAACACUGCCGUGACUAAUAUCGCGCGCGAGACUUCGACUCAUCACCGAUGAUCUGCUUUUAUCGGAUCGCUGCGAGAGGAUCGCCAUUUUUCUCGUAGCAAGUUUGGGUGUUAGAAGGAAAGCAGAAGUCUCCGACCGCGCAGCCCAAAAUCGUCGCCAACUGACAGUGUCACACUGAGAGAAAAGUAUAGUUUUCUUUGGCGUCAACUACACGCUUUUGUGAUUUUAACCAGAAAAAUAAUUAGAAGAACCAUUGUUUUAGUAAGUGUUAUUAGAAAGAUGGCUCUUCUAAUUAUUUUUAAUGGUUAAAAUCAUAAAAAAGUAUAGUUGACGCCGAAAACAACUAUAUUUUUCUCUUAAUGUUACGUUAUCGUAUUCCUAGUUUAAUUCAUCUGAUCCUUUCGCUCAUUAACGGACGGUUCGACUGAUCGCUUUUCGUACGAGAUUUCACUUACCGUCAUUGUCAUUGUACUUGCACCGACAAUGAACUCUACUGAGAUACAUGAUCCGAGCGAUCUUGACUCACACUUAUCCUAUUUCCUUCAGUUUUUUAUGCGAAAAACGUGGUAAUAUCCAUUCUUCCGUAUGGAUCUUAGUUUGCCCGCCAGAGAGCGUUUUAUUUGAGCUAUUGCUUAAUACGAAGGGACACUUUUUUUAACUUUGGUGCUCUCUAGUGAGCAAACUGAGGACCGGACAGAAAAAUGAAGAUUACCACAUUCUUUUUCACAAAACAUUGAAGGGAGUAGAAUAGGUGCGAAUCAAAAUCUAGUCAUGUCAGUAGUAUUCAUUGUGAAAGAAGGAAUAUCUAAGAAAUAACAAAUAUUCGAUAAGUAUUAAUAACAUAUUUUUUAAAUAGAAUCUAGAUUCUUACAUAGAAUAAACAAUUAUUCUCAUAAAAAGCCUUUGAAUUAAUUAAGAUGCUUUAUUUUUUCAUCGAGCUUGUUUAAGGACAGAAAAUAUUUCUGCAUGACGACGGCCCUCCCCCCGUUUUUUGUCAAGAACGCAUCUCCCAGCAACUGCGACGCGGUACUUUUUCCGCGGCAUAGCGUCGUAUCGGCGAGAAUAGGUGCAUUAAUGCUCGACGGGAUUAUACAAAUGCGCGUGUACUUUUGCAUAAUGCGCGCGCGACGCGAGUUCAGUAGUUAACGACGUGUGAAUAUUUAUGGCACUGUCAGUGCUCGUUUCCGUCACCGUUCUCGAUUCCGCACCGCUUUUAUCGAACUGGCUCUCUUCCCUCCCUCCCUCCUUCCCUUCUGUUUCUCUUUCUCUCUCUCUCUCUCUCUCUCUUUUCUCUUUCUCUCCUUUCUCUCCCGUCUCUCUCGAUUCCUGGCCGCCGUGGCUGCGAAUAAAAUCGAACGGUGUGCGUGCGCGGCCGUUGCACCGUCGCAUAUUUCCAGCUAGGAGCAUAAACAAUAACGCACUGCGGAAUAAUGGGGCGUACUUAAAAUAACGAACACGACAGAGCGGUAAGCGCGAUAAAAUGCGCGCGGCACAAUUAAUCAACAGCCGAAGAGUAUCGUGUAUAGGAUAUUAAUUACGUUACACGGAGCAUUGAUCAAGAUUAAAAAAAUUACAUCACGCGCGACAUAUUUCGCUAUAGAAUAUUAAUUAAGGAGCCGUAGAAAAUACGCAAAAAUCCGCCGGUGGAGAUAACAGUCCCGUAACGAGGCGAGGAUGCGCGCCGCGCACACUGAUGACGAUAACACGCCAAAUAGAGUAAACCACGCAGCUAUCGAUGCCUCUUCCCCAGUCAUUGGCGCUCUGGAAAAACCUGGUUUUUCACGCGACCAACAUUGCGGUUAGGCUUCUUGCCCGCAUUCUACCACAGCGUGUUAAGGCCGAUCUACAAUGGUCGUAUCGUAGCGUCGCAAGCGUCGUAAGCGUCGUGCGAUUCGUCGUGACGGAUCGUCGUAGAAGUUUGGUCGAACCCAAACUUCAACGAUUCUACGACACUACGAUUGCUACGAUCAACCAAUCAGCGACGAGUUAGAGUCGUAUUACUUAAAAAUAUAUAUGGCACAAAAAAUAAUCAUAUUCAUCAUUAAAAGUAUAUACUUUUGUACUGCUCACGAGCAUUACGAUUUUGCGAUGUCACGACGUUACGAUACGACCAAUGUAGAUCGACCCUUAGACAUUAAUAGGUGAGUUUUUGUUGGCCAAAAUAAUCGGCGAAUCGAUCAUGGAAUUGAUCAAUUGUCGUAUCGCGAAUAACUUGAUUGAUUGGUGAAAUUAAUUAUUAAUCAGUACUCAAUCAAUCGGUCAAUCAAAGUGACAAUUUUGAUUGACAAUUAAUAGUAUCAAUCGAUGAAAUUAUUUGUGAUUUUACAUAUGAAGACUCUGACUAAUUUUGCUUAUUGAUUCGCCAAUUAUUCUGGUUAGUGAAAUUUUUAAUUCAACAAUGUCUAACUUUAUUUUUUUAUCCGUGUCCAAGAAUACAAUUUAAUCGGUCUAGCGGCGCCAACUCCGAGCUUCAUGCGCUAGGAAUCGGUUAAAUUUCAGGCGUUAAAUUUAGCAUGUUCUCCGACUCUUCGCGAAUCUUUUCGUAAUAGCGAGAAUCUCUUUCACGGACAAUAUUGUUGUCAUCAGGCAUCGAGUGUUUGCAAGCAACUCUCGGGUCCUCCAACGCUUAGUUCGAAUUCAACGCGUUAUUAAAUGUAAAUAGAUUACCAGCACAAUAAGGAAUGAUUUCCACGAAUCGCUGCGUGAUUGGCGCAAUCUUUUGGAAUCGUGAAGUACGUGCGAGAAGCUCGAGGGGCUCAUGUCCGCUAGGCUUCUGCUUAUAAAAGUUAGGGAGUAACGCACAAGAGAUCAGAUCAGCCUAACUGUCUAAAGCGUGUCAGUAUAGCAAAGUAAAGGUUUAUUAAAAUUCUCUGGUUUUUCUUAAUCAUUAAUUAAUCGCACUCAUUUAAGUCCUUCGACUUCCCUUACACUGAAUCCAAUGGAAUCAGCAUUAAAUCAAGCUUGCUGAUCCGACUAAUUCAAUAAGCGUGUUUUUGAACAAUCUAUUUCCUUUCUCUCUGCAAAAGUGAUCUUCGCAGUAUAAACUGUGAACAAAUAUCGCAGAUCGCAGAGAACCAGAAUUUCCUAGAAUGUCAUUACGGGGAAAGAUGCCAAUAAUCGCGCGGUUUAUCCAGAACCGAAGCGGUAAUAAUCGUAAAAGGCCUUGGGCGGACCAUCCUUGAUUAAACGUCCGAAAAAAAUAAUCGCCGGAAACGUCGGGACUAUCGACGUCUUUCACGGGGGAGUGGGGGGGAGUCGACUCUCAUCGAGAGACUUCGAAAUUAAUUAAUUUAACUCGCCAAAUGUAAAAUUUUCUCUCUCUCUCUCUUUCUCUCUCAACCAAGCCUCAGCGACUUGAAUAUUCGCAACAAAAUCGCAAUAGUCACGAACGGUCUUCUUCCAUGAACCGUUAACAACAAGCAAUAACAUCUGAAACGCGUUCUCGCUCAGCUGCCGAAGUUCAGAGAAGAAAAUUUCGUCGGCCGAGCUCGACGACUCUCUCUCUUUCUCAAAUAUCGUCAUAAAAUCAGUCGGUGACAAGCGGUUUCUCGCGAGCCGUUCGCGUGGAAGGCGCACUGCGUGAGCGUCUCUCUCGGCGCCUCAACUCUUUUCAGGCUCCCACAAUCGGAGAUUUCAGUCGGCCACGUCCGGCCUUAUCUUCUACGUCUCUCCUCUCGCGGAGAAACGGCGCGGGAAAAAAAAAAAGGAGAAGAAAAGAGGAGAAGGCGCGAUACCGCAUCGCAUCGACGUGCGGAGACAAAGAGUACGCUUAUUAGAUAUAAGCGCUCCCUACGUGUCUCGCACUCGGCCUUAUCGCUAUCGUCGUUACUCACGGAGCGAGCGAGCGAGCGAGCGAGCGCAGGAGCCGCCGCGGGAGUAUCGCGAGCGAGCGCUUAUCGUUAUCCGUUAUCACGGCGCGUUAUCAAGCGAAGUUCGAACCUGGCAUCGGGGCGGCGACGGUCCGUGCUGCCGCCGUCGGAAAACUGGCGCGAUAUGUGCCCUGCCGAGGUUCGAAACCGGUCCCGCUGAAUUUCCCCGAGGGAUUUUUCCGCGACGCGCGCUCUCGUCAAAAGCGAAACCGACGGCUUAUUCCAUGGCUUCUGUCUGUCUCUCUUUCUUUCUUUCUUUUCUCCUUGUUUUCCCGCACUUUUGCUUCGGGUGAUAACGACGGAGGAGUGGAAAAUCGCCUUGAGAUAACUUAGCGCUCAAACGAUACGCUCAUUCAGUAUCUCAUAAAUUUUAACGUUAAUGACGCACGCACACACACGCGCUAACGAAUAAACGAGGUUAGACAACGGUUAUCAAUUGCGCUAUCAAUUGGUUGUUAUUAGGUAUUAAUUGGCGAGUUGUUAGUUAAACAGCGCGUAGUAAUUACUCGAGACGAUAAGUUAAGUUUUACAAGCCAAUUAUCGGUCGUUUAUCUCGCGAUAAUAUUGUACUUUCAUUACGUCACGACACGCCGAAGAAGAGAAAUUUUACGUUACGUCGCUCGCACUGUUAUCGAAAACUUCGACUACUCGCACUUGGGGCCGCGGUGAAAACGCGACGUCGACGUGGAUCGCGUUUUCGCGUGGGGAGAGACUCAGGACGGCAGAUGACGGUGGAUGAUGGGGCGGACGAGGCGGAGAUGAAUCCCGUCGAGUUGUUAUUCUCCCGUCGCACUGUACGUCUUUCUCAACGGGGAAACGAACGAGCGCGGGUGACGUUCUUCGAUUCGACUGGGUUGACGUCAGGCGCGUUCCCGAGAAUAAUUGGUGAUUCACGGGUGGGUUUCUGCCGGUGGCCCCGACAUGCCGUGGAAUUGCUCUCUUCCGGUGUGUAUCCAGCGGGUCAACAAUGAAGAAUAAGAAGGCUUCUAACCGCGUCGAGAGAGAAACAAGCGGGAAGGAGGGACAGAGACAGGAGGACGACGACGAAGAGGAAGUAGGGGACGGAGAGGGUAAGAGAUACAGGAACGACUGUUUGCACGGCACUAUCGUGCGGCAACAGAAUGCAAAGGAUGGAAAGAGGGAUCGGCAGUGACACCGAGUGAGAAAAUCGACGGCGAAUGCGCCGUGGGAAGGGGAGAGAGAGGCAAAGAGAAAGAGAGAGAGACAGAGGAAAGUGAUAACAGGUAGCCAUGGGUCCCUGGGCCGCCAGGGAACCAGUGAUAGUGCUUGCACCGCAAGAGCGAGCAUCUCCCGUCGCGGUUUCUAGAACUCGUCGCCGCGAAAACACGAGGAAAACGCGGAAAACGAAACGAAGCCGCCGUGGUGAAGCGAAUGUGAACGAUAUACAGUGACGUGGGGAUGCUCAAGUGCACGGUUGUGUAGGCUGUACGAGUAUAACGUAGCAAAAUGAAGAAAUGACGUGAAAUGAAAAUCGGUGGCGCGAGUACCGGCUAUCCGUCUCAUUCCCGCGCGCUGCAUGAGUUCGCGAAUUAGUCCGAAUCUUGCGGUUAUCUUGAGGGAUAUGACGCACCCCGACGAGAGUAUUCGAGUGUCGAAAGCGGCGCUAUUUCUGAAAACCGCACGUGUCCGUUUGCUACUGAUCGUGUCGUGAUCUGAGCCGGCAGGAAACUCGUUAGGCGACUCGCGUCUUCGACGAAGAACAGUGAUUCGGAGAUCGUGGAAUCAUGUCGGGACAUGCAACGAGUGCGCUCGGACUCGUGAGUGCGGAGAUUGGUACUUUCUUUUGAGAAUUUGUCCGCCCGAUGUGCACCAUGAGCAUUCUGCUGUGGCGACAGCGCAGGGCGAGUCAGCUGCGAACCGAAAGCGCUCUCUCCUUGACGAGGGAGGAUGAGGAGUGGAGUGACUCGGAGAAGACCCCGUCGGUGAGCAGCGGCGUGGAUGGCGGCGGAUCAGCGGUGUCAAGCCCUGUUGCACCGGUGGUCGAAGAAGACUCGAGUUUACCGCCCCCGCCGAGACUCAACCCUGUUUUGUCCUCGGUCAAUUCUGCCAACGAGGACCUCAGAAUACGUCUUAGUGUACUUCCCGAAGAAACUAGGAAGCGUCUCGCUAGCCUCACCGAGGAUAUCGAGGUUGCCAAGAGCAUCAGAAGCCAUGCACCGUCCAGGAGCGUACGCACGCGAGAAUCGAGUCCCAAGGAUGUUGAAGAGGAACAGGUGGUGGUCAAGGAGGAAGAGUGUCAACCGAGGUCGUCAUCCUCCUUAUCCUCUUCCACCAGGAAACGAGAUGCCGUGUGCCGUAGGGACUCGGAGGACUCCGCGAGACGGUCUGACGAGUCCGCCACUGAAGCCAAGAGGAUGAAGCCCGAAGAUGAGGCAGCACCAAGACUGAGACUCAAUGCUAGUCUGGCGACGGAUCCCGCCCUGAGACCCGCCGCCGUCGCCGCUCUUACCGUGAAGCCCGAGAACACCUCGCCGCCAAAUCCGACUCCGCCGCUGCCAGCUGGUCUCCAGAAUGCAAUCGCGUCCGGUCGCUUGUUUGUUCUGCCAACCGACGGCAAGGAGACGAUCACAGUAGAGCCGGCAAGGCCGACUGCGCUGAUCUGUCCACCAUGUGGCAUACGCUUUAGUUCGGCGAGCACUUUGGAAGCGCAUCGCACUUACUAUUGCGCCCACCGACCGCGUUUAGAGGAAGAUGCGGCGAACGACGAGGAUGACGACAAGUCUGGCAAAUACGAGGUGCGAAAGGCGUACGCAUGUCCUCACUGCUCGUACAGCGCGGAUAAGAAAGUAUCGUUGAACCGCCACAUGCGAAUGCACGCGGCAUCGCCGGCACCACCAACGAUACCACCAGCGAACCCAACCCCGACCAACAACCCUGUCGCCGGUCAAACAACCGCCUCCAACGGUUCUCUCAACGAGGAAGUUGAGAAAUAUUGUAGGAAUUGCGACAUCAGAUUCAGCUCUUUGAAGACGUACAGGGCACAUAAAACGCACUACUGCAGUACCAGGCACGUGGUGAAGGACUCCGUGCCAACGCCGGCGACGCCGCAGUCUUCGGUCAAGGCGUCUCCGCCAACAAGUUCGAGUCCUGGCGACUCACCACCCCCACAACCCUGCCUGGCACUGCCUACCAAUCCCCCCAUCGUCUUACCGUACACGGUGUUCCGCGGCGCGAGUGUUCUCGCCGCGCCAGCUCUUCCACUUCCCGAUACGGUGUACUAUCUUCUGCCAGACGGUACCCUCCAACCAGUAACGAGGGGUCUUCCUCCAGCAACGCAAAACGCUACAAUGGAACCGCCAGCUGUUCUAAAGGCGGCAAACAAGCCCUCAACGCCGGCGUCAGUAGUUACAGCGUCCACGUCGCCGUCCGUCUUGGCACCCCUCGAUCUCAGCGUGCGCAGAUCGCCGGGUCACCAGGACGAGAAGGAGAACAGGAUGUCACCGGCGCCGUCGUCUCUGCCUCCGCCGCCAGGUAGUCCGAGGUCUAGAAGCAGCGGUAGUCCCAGAACAAGUUCCAUCGGUUCAAUACAAACGACUGCUGUCGCACCAUCCCCAGCCACCGAAAUUCCUCUGAGAUUAACUGACCUGCCGCCACCUCCUGUUCCAGGAGUGCUGGUGAAGCAGGGUGUUUCGAGAUGCAAGGAAUGCAACAUCGUAUUCUGCCGGCACGAGAACUUUGUCGCUCACAAGAAACACUACUGCCAAUCGAGGGGGGAGACCACGGUAAGCAACAGUCCACCGCCAUCCGGCACACCCUCGCCGCCACUGGUCCAGCUGAUCUGCGCCGCUUGUGGCAUCAAGUUCGCCUCUAUGGACAACUUAGCUGCCCAUCAAGCGUUCUACUGCCCCAAAAGGCCCGAGUCUCAGGAACAUCACACACGUUGUUCCAAAUGCAAGGCGAUAAUAGAGCCCGGAAGUAGCCAUUCCUGUGCCAGCAGUGCUACAGGUGGCUGGAGAUGUCCAGUCUGUGGCGCCGUUAGUCCAACGGCUGGCGCUGCUCAACGCCACAUGGAUGCCCAUCAAGGCAUCAAGGCCUUCCGAUGCACUAUCUGCCGUUACAAGGGCAACACCUUACGUGGCAUGAGGACUCACAUCAGAAUGCACUUUGCGAAACGUGGCACCGACCUACAGGAGGAGAAUUACAUAACAUGCGUGUUGGACGAUGAAGCGACGUUACCAACGCCGGAACCGGCAGCCGCCACGACACCGGAAGAAAUACCUGCGGAGGUGCAGGUGAACGGUAAAACCACAGACACAAGAAAGAGUCCACAACCGCCGCCGUCGUUACCGCCACCUGCGGCUGUUACCAGUAAGGUGAAGCAGGAACGCGAAGACACGCCACCGCCGCCGCCACCUCCACCUCCGGAGGAGAGUUUAGACCCCACUAAAAGCGGGCCUCGAUAUUGUCGAUCUUGUGACAUCAGUUUCAAUUAUUUGAGCACGUUCAUCGCCCACAAGAAAUUUUAUUGUUCGAGUCAUGCCGGUGAGGCCAGCAACAACAAUAACAACAAUAAUAAUAAUAACAACGCCAGCGGACAUGCGACGUCGCCGCCGACCGGGAGGACCGAGGCGUCAGUACUCUAAGGACGAAGGACUAAAAUCUCGAACUACGAGACGGCUACGCCGCCGUUUCUCUUCCUCUUCUUGGAGUUCCUCCUCACGUUUAAUAUAUACUUCAAAAUUCGCAGUCGAGAAUAGAAUUGUGAAGGUAACUCGACUUGAAACUAUCAAAAAUUGUCCGUUUGAGAACUCUACUUGUCGAUGGUUCUGCUAUGCUAAGUGAGAAUAAUAUUUAGAGAUAGAUAGAUAGAGAGAGAGAGAGAGAGAGAGAGAGAGAGAGAGAGAGAGAGAGAGAGAGAGAAAAGGUGUUCGUAAGAGAAUAACGGUCUUACGAUGAUGUUACCGGAAUAUGAAGAUAUUCCUCGAAGACAGAGAUAUUUUAAGGAUUCAAGCUAAAAAGAAGAGGAUACUCAGUGAAAAGUGAGUUCCUGAAAAUGUAACGAGAAUAUUCUCUCAAAAUUGCGAGAUUUAGGAAAGUGGCUCCAGGAAGAGGAACAAAACGUGGUGAGCGUGCAACGACGAUGCACCACAACCAGGACUGUUCAUUGUUGCCAGUUUAUAUAUAAUAUAAUGAACGACUAUCGGACUUCUCAGUUGACUCUAUUACGUUGUGUGAUUUUUGUUGAUCCAGGGAAUCGUUCGUACUUAUAAGCCGAAGGUAUCUACGUGUACAUAUAUAUGCGCGCGUGCAUGUGUUUGUAUGUAUGUGAGAGAGAGCUCGCAGCAAAUAAGAGCGCAAACGGAGCCGUAACAAGAGUCUAGUUUGCGUCGCGAUUUGUAUAAACAUUUAAAUUUAUAUUUAUAUGUGAUAAUAUAUACACACACGAUAAAUUUUUUUAACGAUUGAAUUAGGUUUAAAAGAUCUUUUUUAACUUUAUUUUCAUAGCGCUGACUAAAACGAUGCUUUCUUACGUAUAUAUUUUUCAAGCAUUAUUAACUUUAAAAAGUAACUUUAAAAGAAAAUAGGAGUCAUUAAUGUAAAUAAUUUUAUUCACAAAUAUUAAUCAAUUUUUUCGCGUUAGACCAAAUAAUUGAUGUAGAAAAUCUUUCUGUGAGAAAAACGAGUAUGCGCAAUUUCUAUAUAUCUAUUAAUAUAAUACCUAUUUCAAUCAAUUAUCAACAAACGCUUGCAAAUAUUUAUAUAGGUAUAUGUAUAUAUUAAAUUUCGUAAGGCAAUAUUUUUAUUUUUAUAAUUUGAUAUUAAAAUGAUUUGAGAUAUAUCUAGUUACGACUCUGGGUGCGCGCAAUCAAUUCGACGAUCGUCACGUCGAUUUGGCGUUCUCGAAAGGAAACUCAAAGUUGACGAGACGCCGCAUACGUUUGUACAUAGAGGGUAAAUCAAUGGGCGAAAAAUUGCGAAUGCAAAUGGCGAAACGAGGGGAAAUAAGAAAAAAAAAACACGUCUGAGCUCGACGCUCGCGAACUGAUCGAUCGAUUCAGACGAAGGUGUGCAAUCUCAUGACUCUUGAAUAAUCUCGUAGCAUAGUUAAUAAUCGACAUUAUCUAAGGACGAGUAUGAUGAGUGUAAAAUGUUGUACAGUAGGCGAGUAGAGUAUUACGGAGCAGUAGUAAGCGAUCCUGAUGAAUGAUACCAAUCUCAGCUUGUGAAUCUGCUAAGUUACGUUGCAAUGUAUGACAUUUAAUAUAUAAAUAUAUAAAUAAAUAAACGGUUAUAUGCCCGCGAAAUCGCGCCCGCGCUCGCGGGUAAUAGUGUGAAUGCGUCGAUAAAUAUCCACCACGUGAAGAAAUUUGCACGUGUUCAAUCGGGUGCGUAGCAAAGAUACGCAAUCUUUUAUAUAGUAAAAUUAUAGUUUCGAUGAGAGUCCUGACUCGAUGAUUCUCUAUGCGAGAACAAUCUCUCAUUCGUGACUGCUUAUUUAUUAUUUAUUAAAAUCCCUUACUUUUCAGAAAUCUUGAAAUACAUUGAAUGUUUUCGUGAUGGAAGUCAAGUCUCGCGAGUGAAGAGAAGUUCUACAAAUCAGACGAGAUUAUGCCAACUCCUGAAACUUAAUCAGAAACUAAUUUUGUAGUUUUAGAAUGGAGAUAUCCUUGCUUGAGUAAACACCGAGGAGAAACCAACCUCGUACUCAUUGGGAAUAUGCUCCCCAUGUCUAAUUUAACACAGGUCUCCUUGUAGGGUAACUUGUACAUACGUUGCGAACGGGGAAUGUGCGAUUCCGCGACUGAAAGAACAGACGAUCUCGAGAAGUCUUCUCCGCGUUUGUCGAUUCAACGUCACCCGGAUUUUUAGCGACGCAUUCGGACCCGUGCAACCCAAUCAAAAAGCAUCGCGCGUGCUCGCGAAGCGAAACGCGAACGCGCCGUUGCAGGGCGUGUAAGUGUAAAGAAAAACAUAUUAGAAGUUAAGGCCAGUGUUACGUGUAUACGCAGUGUACUACUCAUAUCAUACGACGAGCUCGUUAAUAAAAAAAGACGCCGACCUGUCCGCUUGGCGAAUUUCACGGCCCAGAGAUCACGAGCGACACGAGUUUCGCAAUAAUGAAGUAAUCUCGGCACACAAUCUCGUCGCAUCGUCCGAAAAAUUCGUUUACCUCCCGAUCUCUCGAGACAACCAAGAAGAAAUAAUAAUUCCUCGAAAUAAUCUCUUUUUGUAAGCGUCCCGCGCUAUCACGUUGAUUGUCGAAUCUGUAUUCUAUUACCCUCCCUACCCCGUUCCGGUAUAUCGCGAUAUCGCCAGGUCGAGGCGCAAGAUUGACGAAAAAGGAGAGAUAGAGAAAGAGUGAGACAGAGAGAGAGAGAGAGAGAACAUGACGAAGAGAAAUUUGUAAAUCCACAUCUGGUACUUCCAACAACUUGUUAUACGCUAUAAAUCUGGUGUAUCAUUAUAUGCCAUAUCUUCGACAA